AAGUGGCUGCUCAAUCAUUUCAGCUCACCCAAAUCAAUAACCCAACAGACAAUACACUACAAUCGCAUUUCCUAUCGACCCAACACCAUGAUUAAUUCUACCAGAGGUUCGCCGGUGACUUUCUUUUCCAGUGACAGGCUUGCCGGGAACUUUUUUUUCCAGAGGUUCUUCUUCCUGCAUGAUAUUCAAAUCUUGGAUCUUUUUCUCGCUUUCUUUAUUUUCAUUGCUAUACAUUCUUUGAGGCAAAAGAAGCGUUAUGGGUUACCCGUGUGGCCGUUUCUUGGAAUGUUACCGUCGUUGGUUGCGGGGCUUCAUGGGAACUUGUAUGAGCGGAUUACUGAUGUUUUAUGUAGUCAAAAUGGUACCUUUCGAUUCAAAGGCCCAUGGUUUAGCAGUCUGAAUUGUGUGGUGACAGCGGAUCCUCGGAACCUUGAGUAUCUUCUCAAGACAAAGUUCUCUAAUUUCCCUAAAGGCGGCUUCUUUCGUGAACUGGUUCGUGAUCUUCUCGGAGAUGGGAUUUUCAGCACCGACGAUGAGAUGUGGCAGCGGCAAAGGAAGACAGCAAGCAUCGAGUUCCACUCAGCUAAAUUCCGGCAACUCACCACUGAGUCAUCACUUGAACUCGUCCACUCUAGGCUGUUACCCGUGCUUGAAAAUUCAGUCAACAGUUUAGAGUCUAUUGAUCUACAAGACAUCCUUUUGAGGUUAACUUUCGAUAACGUUUGUAUGAUAGCAUUUGGGGUUGACCCUGGAUUUCUCAGUCCGGGAUUGCCGGAAAUCCCAUUUGCGAAAGCCUUCGAGGACGCGACGGAGGCCACGAUGUGCCGUUUCGUCACACCGACUUGCAUAUGGAAAAUCAUGAGAUAUCUUGAUUUGGGGACUGAAAGGAAGCUCAAACAAUCCAUAAAAUGUGUUGAUGAGUUCGCUGAGGAAGUCAUCAGGAGGCGGAAGAAGGAACUCUCUUCGUCAAAUGACAGAAGCACGCAAAGAUCCGAUAUCUUAUCAGUGUUUAUGGGUCUGAAAGACGAACAUGGAGAGCCAUAUUCUGACAAGUUUUUGCGGGACAUUUGCGUGAAUUUUAUUCUUGCAGGAAGAGAUACUUCUUCUGUAGCGUUAAGCUGGUUUUUCUGGUUACUAGAACAGAAUCCGACCAUCGAGGAGAACAUUCUUGUAGAGAUAUGCAGAAUUAUUGGUGAAAGAGAAGAAGCGGAAAGGGAAGAGUCCCCAUUGGUGUUUAAACCAGAGGAAAUAAAAAAGAUGGAGUACUUGCACGCUGCAUUAUCGGAGGCUUUGAGACUCUAUCCUUCAGUUCCUGUAGAUCACAAGGAGGCGGUUGAAGAUGAUAUAUUCCCCGAUGGAACAGUGGUAAAGAGAGGAACAAAAAUAAUAUACGCCAUUUACACGAUGGGAAGAAUGGACGCUAUAUGGGGGAAAGACUGCAGAGAAUUCAAGCCGGAGAGAUGGCUAAGAGAUAGCCGCUUCAUGAGCGAAUCUGCCUACAAGUUCACAGCUUUCAACGGCGGCCCUCGGCUCUGCUUAGGCAAAGAUUUCGCUUACUAUCAAAUGAAAUUUGCAGCAGCCUCGAUCAUCUAUCGGUAUCGUGUGAAGGUAGCGAAAGAUCAUCCGGUGGUGCCGAAACUUGCCCUAACUAUGUACAUGAAGCACGGAUUGAAAGUAAAUCUAUUCAAGCGUCCGGAGUAUCAGCUACACAAAUACUACUGCAAUAACCAUCAAUGAAGGCUAAGCUUGUAUCAAUACAAUUAUGGGUUUUUUUUUUUUUUUUCUUCUGAAUUUUUUAGAAUAAAUAUAUAGGAUUGAUUGAAACAAAAAAGAUGUAGGUUUGUAUUAAAUUUUUGUUUGAAUAAUUUGAGCUGAUGUCGAGUGGAAUGUUCAUAAUAA